AUGAAGAGGAUUCGCAGGGGUACUACUGAAGUUGAAGAUGUAGUUCCUACUGAUUAUAGUAAUGUUGACGCAGAGGUUGAAAAUGUAGCUACUACUCAAGAUAGUAAUGUUGAGGUACAUGCCGAGCUUACUGAGCCAUCUCGAGUAGGUCUCAUUGAUCCAUCUUUACUUACGAGUUUUAAAACUCACAUAGUAGCUGCAAUUUGGAAUAACCAGGAACGUGAGCCCCUUAGGUGCAUGUCGAAAACAUCUACCAUUCGGGAGUGGAAUUGGUGGGGUAAUCCAAAUAAUGGUAUAUUCAAAGGGUACAUUCAGAGGUCUGGAUUAGAGCACCUUAUUAGGUGUUCUUAUCGGAAUACUGAUAAGAUUGUGGUAUCUACAUUUGUUGAGAGGUGGCAUCCCGAAACGAACACCUUUCACAUGCCUUUUGGUGAGAUGACCAUCACAUUGGAUGAUGUGUCAUCUAUUUUAGGCAUUCAUAUGCCUGGUACACGAGGUCUCCUCUUGCCCUCACCUCCAUAA